ACCGAACUUGGCGCGAGUAGACAGACACCGAACAAAAACACGCACAGCACACAACUGUAUUUGACACCUUUCAGACCAUCAUGGAGACCAUCAGUAAGGCCGCGAGCGCCGCUUCCAAAGCCAUCCGGGGCGAGAACCGAGCGCACGGCGAGGAGCCCGUCUCGGGAAAGAUGGGCAAUGUCGCUGCCGGGGAGCCCUACGAUGCGGGAAACAUGGACCCGAAGGAUGCAGCCGGAGCAUCGACCCCGUCCCAGCAAGAGGGAGCCGCGACGGCAGCCAGAACCACGGGCACCACCGUGCCCGAACCCAUGACUAAACCAGAGCCCGAAGCAGCCACCAAGCCGCGCUUCGUCGACGAGAGGCCGACCACCACCACUACCACCACCACCACCGAGGACCCAGCCGCCCCGGCCAAGUCCGCCCCCUCGGCCCACGGCGUGCGCGGGGACUCGACCAAGGCCCAGAGCGACACGCGCCCGCCUGAUGCCUCUGCCUCUUCCACAGCAGCAGCAGGAGACGAGCCGCCGAGCCAGUCCCGCCGCAGCACCGGCGACGCAACGAUGGUCUCGCCCAAGACUCUCGAGCGAGACAACGACAACAACGACAACAACAACGAGAACAGGGAGGAGGAGGGCGCCGGCCGGGCCGUCAACCUCCAAGGGCCCGGCCCGCGGCCGCUCGAGCAGGUGGCGCGCGAGCACGGCGGCGACGCGGGCGCCGUCGCCGCUUCAGAGCCUGCGGGCGGCCACCAGCGGCGGGAUAGCGGUAAGGGCCUCGGCGCCGAAGAUGAGGGGGCGGCGCGGGGAAAGGGCGAGGAUGAGUAUUUCAGGUCCAGCGGGCUCGCGGCGGACGGGGGCGAUUUCGACGCCUCGCGACGUGGAGCGGGGAGGGAGGCUGAUCGUGAGUAUUUUUUCUUAUAAUCUUUGUUUCUUUUUUUUAUCUUUUAUGAUUUAUCGGUCAUCCGUAUCUCCCAGGCUGGCUGACU